AUGGCAUUUCUAUGUCCAGUCAGAAUAAGAAGGGGCAAAAAGAAGAAAUCAAAUAGUGGUGACUCAGACAAAGAAUUGUCUCGACCAGGAUCGGGUCUUAGUCCUGGUAUGGGCAGGAUCACAGGAUCAGCAAGUAUUGAGACACUAGUUAGAGUCGGUAUUGAGAAGGAACAUGGACUCAGCCCUGAUUCAAAAAUGGUGGUGUUACAUGAUUUUGCACCUUGUGUGGAUGAUGAACUAGAGGUAAAGCGUGGCCAAAUAGUAAAUGUAUUGUAUCGGGAGAAUGAUUGGGUGUAUGUCAUAGUGGCGGAAUCCCGCCGCGAGGGGUUCAUACCCCACUCGUACUGCGCGCCCUGCGAACACCACGACCUGAAGAAGAAGCUACCGAGGAGUCGAUCCCCGACUGAUCUGGCACACAGAGACGUCUCGCAGCUGUCGCUGUCUGACGGCGCGACAAACGACGGCCACUCGGAGUUGGGCAGCGAGGGAGAGGCGUGCCCCUUCAGCAAGGACCCGUCCGGCCGCUACGUGGUCCUGUACACGUUCACCGCCCGCGACGAGAACGACGUGGACGUGGAGAGGGGCGAGUUCGUCACCGUCUUGAACAGAGAAGACCCAGAUUGGUACUGGAUUGUGAGGAGUGACGGCCAGGAGGGCUUCAUACCGUCGGGAUUUGUUUAUCCCGCAGUUGUGCAGGCAACCCAACAAGAGAACGCACAGCCCGUCCAUCAGCCGCCACCAGCGAACGCUAAUAACACGAUGCUGUCGUCCAACAACAACAAUAACAGUAUCAACACCACGCAACAGGAUUCCGACGGGCGUUAUCACGGCACGGAACUAGUCAUGCUAUACGACUACAAGGCACAAGCGCCGGACGACCUGUCCGUGAAGCGCGGCGAGUGGGUGUACGCCGACCUAACCCAGCAGACGGUCGAGGGCUGGCUGUGGGCGCACGCGCCCAAAUCGCGCCGCUCCGGGUUCAUCCCCACCGCCUACGCCAGAGCGCCGCACACGACCUCCCUC